AAUUAAAUUUUAUCACUAAUCUAAAAGAAAAAGAAAAAGAAAAAUUAGUUGAUAUUACUAAUGACACACUAAUGGAGAAACUUACUGCUCAAAUUAUAAAAAACAUUCAGAUUUUAAUAUCAAAUAUUCAUGUGCGUUAUGAAGAUAAGACAUCUAACCCUCUGUCACCAUUUGCUUUUGGUGUUACUUUGAAUGAACUAUCAGUACAGACAACAGAUGAAAACUGGUUACCUUCUAUUGUAGAUGGAUCUGCUCAUAUUAUUUUUAAGAUGAUCAAAGCAACAAAUGUAUCAGUUUACUGGAAUACUAAUAUAACACAAUUUGCCAAUGGACAACCUUAUUGGAAGAGGUUCAUGAAAAAUCACAUUAAUAUAGCUGAUAAAAUAAAUCCUCAAGAGUUCAUAAUAAAGCCUCUGUUAAUUGCUAUUGAGUUAAAAAUAGACCAAGAUCUUGACAGUUCAUUGGGUCUUCCUAAGUUUCUUCUUGAUGUUGUUCUAAAAGAGAUAUCAAUUGAAAUUACAAAGAAUCAAUUUGAAAGUAUGAUUAAUUUGAUUGAAACAUUCGAAAGAAUGGCCAUUAAUAGUGUUUAUCGAAAAUACAAACCUAUUGUAAGUGUUAAAGAAAAUCCUAAACUUUGGUGGAAGUAUAUAUUUGAAAGUUAUGUUGAAAUUUCAUAUAAAUGCUGGACAUGGGAAAGAAUAAAACAGCACAGAGGUAAUUACAGAUCAUAUGUUGCUUUCUAUAAAGAGAAGUUGAAAGACCAGUAUUUGCAUCUAAAUAGAAAGACAGUAUAUGAAAAUUGUGAGAAAACUGAAGAGCUUCUUGAUGUCGCAAAUAUAUUAAUUGCUAGGAAGCAAGCUGAAAAUGAGUUUAAUAUUGAAAAAGAAAAUGGUGCUUUUGAUCUGGAAGAAAAAUCAGAACAACCUCUAAGUUGGCUGGAGUGGCUCGGUAUAAGUUCCAGACCAAAUAGUUUACAAGAUAAAAAAAUAAUUGAAAAAGCAAGCAUGUUAUCUUUGGCUGGAUUUAGUGAAAAAGAAAAGAAUGAUCUUUAUCAUGCUAUAGGGUACACCAAAGAUAGGGAACAUCCUGCUUAUUCAAAAGAAUAUGUUCGGUCUCAAAUUUCUUUGCAUCUUGAAACAAGCUCAGUUAAUUUGAAAGAUGAAGCAAAGAGGAGUGUUUUGAAUUUCGAAAUAACAAAGUUGAUAUGUAAACUGACAGAAAGGCCUGGUUCUCAUGGAUAUGGAGUAGAUUUUAGCCUUGAAGACUUGCACUUGGAAAGUAACUUAAAUAAUGCAAACUUAAUAAUAGCAAACUCUGAAAGGAUACUGUGGUGCAACUUUCAAAUUAAUCCAGUUGAUGUUAAAGCAGAUUACAGUGUUACUGUUUCUAUGGAGCCUUUAAGCAUUAUUUAUGAUGAGAAAGCUAUUAAUAGCGUGAAAGAUUUUUUUGUAAUUUCCAAUCAGUCAAAAUUUCAAGAACUUAGCAAUAUAGCAACUGGUAGCAUAAAGGAAAUUACUGUUGCAUCUAGAGCUGGGAUUGAGUUUGCAGUAGACCAUAAUAAAGUUUUGUUCAUUGAUAUCAAUAUGAAAUGCCCUAUUCUAAUUUUUCCAGUUGAAUGGAAUUCAAUUGAGAGAAUACCUAAACUGCUACAUUUAAAUCUGGGCAUACUAAAAGUGAUAACUAAUUUAAACUCAGAUAGAAGAGCGCUCUCUGUAAAGAAUGCAACAGACAACGAGUUGGAGACCAUCUUUUAUUAUCAAACAGAAGUUAACCUUACAAAUAUUCAUGUAGCUGUACAAAAUAAACUUAGUUUUCCAGUUGAGGUUGUUUGUUCAGAAGAACAAGAAAAAGAUUUUGUUCUUUCACCAACUAGCAUAAAUGUUCAAAUUCAUAGAAGUUUAAAAUUUGGCUAUGCUAACUAUCCAGAAUUUCUUCUUCGAAUUAUAAGUGAUUCAACAUAUGCAGCAUUUCAUAUGGGUUUACAGUGUUUUAUUUCAACACUUUCACAGAAUCAAAUAAGAGAGUUGGUUGCUGAUUGGAAAGAUCUUGAGAAACUGACAUUGUUAGAAUUAAAUUUUCUUGUUGAAUUAUCUUGUCUAAAUGAGUUAGCCAUAUCUCUAAAGUCUGUAAAAAGACAAAAUGUGAAACUAGUAAUGUGUAUUUUUUGUGAAAAAGCCCUGACAGCUUUGAAAACAAACCCAGUUAUAUUUCUGCAUAUUUUUAUCAAUGCAUGGAAAAUUAUAAAUGUAGGAAAAAUGUCUGAUGAUUCAAGAUCAUCAAUUUAUUAUGAAAAAAAAGAAAGAAAAGUCUUUGGUAAAUUAAGGCAGGGUGCUGGUGGUACCUACUUUAUUUCUGUUCAGCAAGCUGUUGAGAAAAUUCUUAUUCACCAUGCUUUAAUAAGAUUAGAUGCAGAAUUUUAUGACUGCUCAGAGCAUCAUUCUUGUGAUGGAUGUCUUCAACAGCUAACUGAAGAAGAGAAUGAGAUUUUUGACAUACUGAAUGAUUUAGAAGAGUCUAUGAAACAAGACAGCAAAAAGGGGUGUGUUUAUAUUUCUGGAUACAUUGUUCACAAAACUGAAAUGGAUAAUUUGGAUUCAUCUUCUGGAUUUACAAAAGCUAAUUUGACUCCAACAAAAAAUGGUGUAUUAUAUCAAGAGAAAAUAUUCCUUCAAAAUGCAUUAAUUGAUAACGAACCUUUGUCUCAUAUUUAA